ACGAGAGUCGAGACACUGUUGCAAAAUAAACCUGAGACGUGUCGAGCUGCAUGUGAUGAUUCUCUGAAUUCGAUCGAAAACGGUGGCAGAACUAUUCUUCAGUCUGAGGAUAAGCUACAGUUCAACAACUAUUGGAUAUGGUUUGUCGUUAUCUACUAGACCGCGUGGCAUAAAUUAUUAAUCCAACUAGUGGUAGGCAAUACAUUUUACAGUGUACUGUAUUGUAGCCUAUACAGUAGUCUUUGUUUUGCAUAAGAGGCUAGAUCAGAAAAUCGUCACCUUACCCAGAAUAUUUCUUACAUAUUAGUAACAUUAUCAUUACUUACACAUUCGUAACACUAUAAUUGAAAAAUAAGAAAUGGAUGAAUCAAACGGUUCUUCAAAAAGGACAAUUCUGUGUUUAUUUGACGUGGACGGCACUCUUACCCCACCGAGAGAGAAAAUUGACCCUACACUGGAUGAGUUUUUCCAGUCUCUGCGCAGGAAAGUGAAGAUCGGCAUAGUGGGUGGAUCAGACUACUCAAAGAUCGCAGAGCAGCUGGGUGAGGGAGAUGAAGUGAUACAGAAGUUUGACUAUGUGUUUGCUGAGAAUGGCACGGUGCAGUACAAAGAUGGGAAGCUCCUUUCCAAACAGGUGGGUGUGACUGAGGCCAUCCAGAACCAGAUAGGAGAGGAACUACUGCAGGACCUCAUUAACUUCUGUCUCAGCUACAUGGGGCUGAUCAAGCUGCCCAAGAAAAGGGGCACCUUUAUCGAAUUCCGCAACGGAAUGCUGAACAUCUCCCCCAUUGGCCGGAGCUGCACACUUGAGGAGCGACUCGAAUUCUCUGAAAUUGACAAGAGAGAGAAAAUCCGGGAGAAGUUUGUUGCGGCCCUGCAGGAGGAGUUUGCUGGGAAGGGUCUACGAUUUACUAGAGGCGGUCUCAUCAGUUUUGACGUGUUCCCUGAAGGCUGGGACAAGAGGCUCUGUCUGGACGUGCUGGAGGGGGAGGGCCUGGACGCUAUCUACUUCUUUGGCAACGAGACGUCGUCUGGGGGAAACGACUAUGAGAUCUUCAACGACCCGCGGACCAUUGGUUUCACAGUAUACUCACCAGAGGACACAGCCAGGCACUGUCGAGAGAUUUUCUUCAAAGCUCCCGCCAAUGAGUCGUGAUAAAUCAUGCAGCAGGCACUCUCACAGUCAGCUUCCCCUGGGCUCCCCCUGCUGUUCAGGGCAGGUACUAAGAGCACCUGAAGGAGAAGAGGUGGAGAUGGGAGGUAAACCACUACAGAUUUGUUAAGUAUUCAAUGCAUUGUCGUUGUAUAAUAUUAUUCUAACUAGCACUGGACAUAUAAAGGGAUCAUCAGUAAUUCACAUUGGCUGGACUCCCAUGGAAAGUACUAUGAGAUGUGGACAGAUCUGCUUUUUUAAAGGGAUGGUAGCUCAAACAAUGUGAGGAAGUUUACUAAUGUUUUCAGUUUUUUUAUCAUGACUAAGUGUUUCUCUAAGGUUUUAAUGUAAUAUCUGACUAUUUAACAUCUAUCAACCCAAUGGUUUUUGUAGCGUGUCCCUGUAUUUGUAUGUAACAUCAAAUUAACCAUAAUGUCUUAUAGGCCCUCCUGUAAGACAAUCCUCUUUUGUGAAUAUCAUGUGAAGAAUUCUAUACAUUUUGAGUAUAUAAUGUAAAUACCCACUUAUGUUUUGCACUAAUAUUGAUACAGUUAUCUGAGUAACUGGUUUGUGGAUCAUUUGUUGUCUUUGUAAAUGUAGGAAGUGACUAGUGUUGUCUUUGAACAAAAUGGAGCAAAACAGGAGAGAGAGGGAGUUGUUUUGCUCUGUGCCAGUCCACUUUCAGAUUAAUCGCCUAUAGAAAAUCUGCACCCCCUUGAAUUUGUUUCACAUUUUGUUGCAUUACAAAGUGGAAUUGAAAUAGAUUUAAUUGUUUGUCAAGAUUUUUACAAAUGUAAAAACAAAUUAUAACUCAAAUAUAAUUGUUCCUUAAGUAUUCACCCCCUUUGUUUAGCAAGCCUAAAUGAGUUCAGAAGUCAAAUGUGGCUUAACAAAUCACAUUAUAAUUUUAUGGACUCACUCUGUGUGAAAUAAUGGGGGUUGAUAUUAUAUAUUUAGGUAUAUUUUUUAUGACCACCUCUUGCUCUGUCCUCCCAGGGCUUUUCCGAAAGCUUCAGAAAUAAAGGGCAGUGAUUGGUAGAUAGAUAACAAUAACAUAUCAGACAUUGAAUAUAUCUUUAAGCACGGUAAAGAUAAUAAUUAAGUUGUGGAUGAUGCAUUAAACCACCCAGACACAUCAAAGAUGCAGUCUUUCUUCUGAACUGAGCUGCAGGACAGGAAGGAAACUGCUUAGGGAUGAGGCCAUUGGGGAUUUUAAAACUACAGAGUUCAGUGGCUUAGAUGGGAGAAAACUGAGGAUGGAUCAACAACAUUGUAGUGACUCCACAAUAAUGACCUAAAUGACAGAGUGAUAAAAAAUAAUAAAACCACACAGAAUAAAAAUAUUCCAAAACAUGCAACAAGGCACGAAAGUAAUACUGCAAAAAAAACACAACAAAGGAAUGUAUUUUUUUGGCCGAAAUGCAAAGCCUUAUGUUUGGGGCAAAUCCAACGCAUCACUGAGUAAUUGCCUUUAUGGUAUGGGUAUGCUUGACAUCGGCAAAGACGGGAGUUUUUCAGGAUGAAAACCAAUGGGAUGGAGCUAAGCACAGGCAAAAUCCUAUAGGAAAACCUGCUUCAGUCCGCUUUACAUCAGACUCUGGGAGAGGAAUUAAUCUUUCAGCAGGACAAUAACCUACAACACAAAGCUGAAAAUACACUGGAGUAGCUUACCAAGGAGACAAUGAAUGUUCUAGAGUGGCCAAGUAAGUUACAGUUUUGACUUAAAUCUGCUUGGAAAUCUAUGGCAAGACUUGAAAAUUGCUAUCGAGCCAUGAUCUCCAACACCUUGACAGAGCUUGAAUAAUGGGAAAAUAUUGCAUAAUGCAGGUGUGCAAAGCUCUUAUGAAACUUACCCAAGAUGACUCAAAGCUGUAAUCGCUGUCAAAUGUGUUUCUAACAUGUAUUAACUCAGGGGUUGAAUACUUAUCUAAUCAAGGUAUAUAAAAACAAAUGUUCAACAUUUUUCUUCCACUUUAACAGAGUAUUUUGUGUAGAUGGUUGACAAAAAAAUAUAUAAUAUUAUAUAAUAUUAUAAUGAAAUCAAUUUUAAUUCCACUUUGUUACACAACAUGUGAAGAAAUCCAAGGGGGGUGUAGAUGUUCUACACAAAAUGGUUCUUCAGCUAUCCUCAUAGGAGAACCCGUUUCGGUUCCAGGUUGAACCCUUUUUAUUCCAGCUAGAACUCUUUUGGGUUCGAUGUAGAACCCUCUUUGGAAAGGGUUCAACCUGGAACCAAAAAGGGUUAUUCAAUGGGGACAGCCGAAAAACCCUUUUAGGAUCUAGAUAGAAAAAAAGGUACUAAGUGUUUAUGUACUGUAGGGAGAAGUCUUACCUCAUCUAUGCAAUUACAUAUAAAUUCUUCCUGCUACUUCAGUCUGCACCACUAUAAGAAAUGGAUCUCACCGAUGGCUUAUACAGCCUUUACAUUACCUACCCAGUAUUCACAGGUACACAUCCUUUAGUUGUAUCAAAUCAAAUUUUAUUCAAAGGUUAAUGCCGUCUGCUACAAAUAUAAUAAUCUGGAUGUCUUCACCCUUCUGCCAAAGGACAUUAGACCUUCCUGAAUGACAAAGGUCCAGUGGAUUCACUUGUACAGUUUGAUCGACAUGCACUAAUUGUGAAAUCAUCAUGUGAUUGUUGAGUACUGUAUUAAUUUGAACUAUGUUCAUUGUAAUAAAUUAUUUUAUAUCAUUGUG